AUGUCUAGUAGUGCACCCGAUGACCUGGAAAAUGAACUGCUUGGAAGAAUUGAAUACGAUAAGAAUGAAGUCUUCGAUCGCCUGAAGCUUCAACUAGUAGACGACAACCUUGUGCACCAGUGCCGCCUCGCCUUUCAUAGAGAUGACCGUGUUGCUGAAGCCAAGACGGAACUCAAGACGCUUGUGGCCAGCGCAAACGUUUUGUCUCUAGACGAUCUUGACGACCAGCAAUGUAGGAGCUUACUCAACAGUGGAGAGUGGGAGCUCGACAUGUAUCCGCAUCUGCGCACACUCUUCGACUUCAUCACGGAUUUCUCCUCCGCAACUUGUCUGCGGCGGUUGGUUGAGACCUCUGUACCCGUUCAAGAAGACGACAGCUCUUACACCCUGGGAUUCCCGAAGGCCGUACCGGAUUUCCGUUUACUCGAUGAGGCGUCUCUGGAUGCGAAGGCGUCCGAACAGCCACACCUGUGGAGUGACACACAUGCAUUCUGCGUAGUCAAGCCUUCUAACAAGCAGUCACCGAAGCCUGGCGAUCCCUCGGAUGUGGUUUCCCUGAUCACGCUGCAGUCCUCACAAUAUGCUCGCCUAUAUGCAUGCAGCCGCCCGUUCCGACUUUUCGCCGUCUGCCUCCUCAUCUUCGGCUCUGAAUUCUGUGUCGGUAUCUUCGAUCGCGGCGGUCUGAUGCUCUCCCCAAUUUACGACAUGUGGGAGCACACAGACGUGUUCAUUCGUGUGAUACGGAGCCUGACGUCUGUCGUGACCGACGUUGACCUUGGCCAGGACCCGACUGUGCGCUCUCUACCCAACGACAUAGCAAGUAUCGUCUUAGAACAGUCUGAGCCACCGGCACAUACGUCGUACCUCGUUGAGCCAAUUGGCGACGAUGAGCGGGUCUGGUGCACCGUAGAAUCUCCGGUUUGGAGCUCCCUGUCGCUCUUUGGUCGUGGGACGUGGGUCUGGUAUGUCCACGAGUACGAUGUAAAUGGACGGUGCUUGAAGGGAGCGAAAAUGAUCAUGAAGACGGCAUGGCGACAAGGAAAUCGCAGCUCCGAGUCGAUCAUUCAUCGGAGCAUCAAGGGUCAGCAUCCCGGCCUUGCCAAAUUCUUGGUGGGAGCCGAUGUCGAGCAUCGCGCGGCUGGACAGCGUCCCGAACGCAUGUCUGUUCGAUAUUUGCGCUCGGGACAGAACAACGUCAACAAUGGUUCUCCGGUGCUGCACAGAUUGGUGUUAAGCACGGUUGGGCGACCACUUUGGGAAUACGAAUCCGAGCUUGAACUCUUGUUGGGUGUGCGUGCAGCUCUGGAUGCACACGAGUUCCUCUGUGACCAAGGUAUCAUUCAUCGGGACAUCAGUCCUGGCAAUAUUCUACUCCGAGACAGGUCAUAUAACCCAGACAGUGAGCCAGAUGGCGGCGAGGGUUUCCUCACAGACCUCGAGUUUGCCCGGAUCCCGGAUGCAGUAACGGUCAUUGAAGGCGUUGGAGAAUCGCAGCGGACACAUACCAGGUGGAGAGAACAUGGAGCUCCACUUACUGGGAAUGUUCAAUUCAUGGCGCUCGACAUCUUGAGAGCUGGAAACGGUAGUAUUGAGCACACUGCCUGUCACGACGUCGAGUCGUUCAUCUGGGUUCUUGGCUAUUGUGUGUUGCGCAAAUUGCUCAACACGUUGAAGGACAAGGUACCAAGAAGAGACCCUGGCCGGAAAGCAGUGGAGGAAGCUUUUCACGACGCUUUUGGACAUAAUAAUGUUCGAUCAGUUCUGAUUAGCAGGCGGGCAUGCAUGCCUUUGGUGUGGCUCACCGGGGAAAGCAGCAAGCCGGAACACAUGUUGGGUCCGAUUCGAGAGAACACAUCCGUCGCUAUGGCUGCCCUCUUUGGUAAUCUUCGUAAUCUUCUAUCUCGGGGAACAUUUUAUCCCGUAGUUGCUGCGGCGAUGCGAGGAUCAGGUCUCGCAGCAGAGGAUCCUCCGAUUACGCAUGCCGUCCUGCGCGAGAUGCUGGACACCACGAUCAAAUGUACUCGCACUCAAGCUACGCAUGGGUGGGAGACUCAGGAGUCCCGGAAUUAA